AUGAAAACAAGAGUCAUGUCUGUUUGUAAUGUCUAUGAUGGCAGUAUUGGAGGAGUGGAUAUUUCUGACGUGUUACCAGGUAGGAAUAUACUGCAUUUUUUACUUCUUCGUUUUCCAGCUGCCGACUAUGACCGUGCUCUCGGUCGUUUCAUGCGAAACGAAAUCGAUUAUGAUGAGUUUAUGCGUCUUACUGGUGGGCAAACUCUUGAGGAAGAAAUGGCAGUACCAAAAAUUAAUAAAAUCCCCGCAUAUUCUUUUUUUCUUGUCUUGCUGAUAUCGUGGUUGCCUUUUUUGUCUGUUUUAGUCAUGUUAUUUGUUUUUGACCUAGGCGAAUCUGUGGAAGAUGAAGAAGAUUACGAGUAUGCGACCUCUGAAGUUUCAUCGGCAACAGGAACAUCCGCUGCCUUUGAACCAACGGUGGAAAGAGAAAGAGUUCCCCGAAAACUGAGCAAGACUAUGGAUGCGCUCCUGGGUCACGCUAAUGUCAUUUAUGCUAAAGGCAACACACAAGAAGCUCUAGCCGUCUUGUUGGAAGUCAUUCGCCAGGAGCCUCGAAAUGCUGCAUCUUAUCGCCAGGUUUCUGACAUCUACCAGGAGUUAGGAGAUUCUCAGAAGAGUUUACAAUAUGGUCUUCUAGCGGCUCAUUUGGAUCCGCGCACCCCAGCUGAGGAUUGGGCCCACUGGGGUGAUGAAUCUAAGAAGCUUGAACUUAUCGAAGAAGCGGCUGCGUGCUACGGCAGAGCUAUUCGAUUAGACGUGAAAAAUUGGAAGUAUUACGAGAAUCGUAUCGAAAUGCUCCCAUUUUUUUUUCUUGUACUUCUGCACUUGCGAAAUUUUGCACGUUUAGGAAUUCGUCCUUUGGCAAUGCGUACUCGUUUACAAGCUGCUCAGAUGAUCAAUCCUUCACAAGCCGGCGUGGAUUUUGAAUGGUUCCAUGAAUUGAUUAAAACAGUUGCACAGUAUUACAUUACCAUAAACGAUGAGGAUCGUGCCAUUCUUGCGCUGGAAGCUUUCGUUUUACGCAGCAAGGAAUUUGGCCGAUCAGCGGAUAACCAGCAUGAGACGCUGAUAGGUAUGUGGAUAGCAAAAAAUAAAUUCACAGAAGCCGCCAAAUCUAUUUUUGCGUUAUGCGAUGGAAUUUCAACAACGGACAAAUCUACCGGCGAACCGGCGAUGACUGCACUGAAAGAUAUGUCUACUGCUAUGGAGUCAUUCGAAAAGGUGCUUCAAGUGAAUCCAGGCCAUGUUGACGCUCGCAUUAAUCUCUCCAGCCUGCAGCAGAAAAUGGGGCUGUCAGACCGAGCGUUAGAGACACUGCAAGAUCAUGAUCUCGAUACCUGUACUCACCUACCAGAUGAGCGACUACUUAUUCAACAAGCUGAUGUGCUAUUCGAAUCUGAGAAAACCGAGCAGUUCAUUCGUUGCUGUCGUAUGCUUCUUACACCACACUUUUAUGAAGUACAUCGCAACCAGGAGAAUGUGGGGAGACGUCGUAGUUCGAAAACAGGAUUUUACCUCAGUAACACUUUACGAGUAGCUGCAAUGAACGCGAUUACCAACACUAACUGGGAAAAGUUUGUCCGUCGACUGGGAUCUACAGCUUUCAAUGAACGUCGCAGUCUUCACGACUACUGUUUGAAACUAAUCGAAUGCCUUCUGGCUCGGCAACGUUUUCAAGAUAUGCUAAUUGUUUGCUGUUAUGCAUUUUUACAACCUCGAAUAACUAAGUCGGACAAAUCAUCAACUUUCCAAAAUAUGCUGUACUUCUGUGCGAUCAAAGCUCAUUGUUGGCCCGUGGCUUUUGAGUAUAUACGACAUUUUCAAGAUUUUCCAAACGAUUUAUUGUACAAACGAAUAUUCAAUGCUAUGAAUUACAUAUUUGUUCAUUCGCAGAAUGUGUCGUAUCACCGAUAUAUAAUGCGAUCGCUUGCCAAGUCGCCUGGAAACCAUGCUCUUCAAGCCAUAUCGGGCAACAACUCCCUUAUUACAGGAACGUACCGACAUGCGUUAGGUGAAUAUCUCCGUGUCUGGAAUGAAAACAAGAAGAAUCCCUUGAUUUGUCUACUGCUGGCUUUAACAUUCACUCACAUGGCGUGCAAGAAAGACCUAAGCAGCAGGCAUAUGAUUGGAGUCAGGGGCGUUGCAUUCAUGAAGAAAUACGAUAAAAAUCGGGCAUGCCGCCAAGAGAGUCAUUACAAUAUCGGACGGAUGUUCCAUCAAAUGUCCAUCACACCAUUGGCAAUACAUUUUUAUGAGAAGGUUCUUUCCGAGCCACCACCUGUUGUGUAUUACGUUGAUGACGAAGGAAAUGAGGCCGUAAGGCCAGAUGGAAUGUACGACGUGAGACGUUUCGCUGCUCAUAAUCUAGCGCUUAUCUAUCGUACAAGUGGCAAUGACUAUUUAGCUCGGAAGAUCUAUCAAAAAUACUUAGUUGUGUAA